AUUCUUUUACUAGUGCUGAUCAGAUUCGGGCUUAUGAUUUUGGGGAUGCUUUUAAUACUCGGGAGGCUAUUUGGGGCAUUUACGACCAGAUUGGGCAGGAAGUAACAGUUAUAAAUGCGACUAAAAAUGUUAACGCCGAAAUUGCCCAGGAUAUUCGGGGAAUUAAAAAUUUGAUGUUGGAAGUAAAUGAUGUGCAAAACCAAUUUCGGGAAGUUCAAAACAAAGUCAAUGAAAUUAACGAUGCGAUGGAGAGAAUGAGGCAAGGUUUUAAUGAUAAUUUAAGAAUUCUCCAGAGCAAUAUUGAGCGGGUCGGAGCUCAAGGGGCCAGUAGCGGCGAAAUAGCAGUAAUCAAAAGUCGCCUAGCCACUUUGGAAGGCAAAAUUAGUUCUGGUAAUUACGGUAGUGGUAGUUCCACUAGCAGUAGUUCUAAUGCCGGAGAAAUAAAAGUAAGGUUAAACUCUCUUUUAGAAGAAUUAAGGGGCAAUCUGUCUAGUUUAAAAUACUUAUUAAACACUAAACAAGUUGGAGAAGCGUUAGAGUUAUUAACUAGUUUAGAAAAUAAUAGUGUGGAUUUAGUUUUUUUUGAUCCUCAGUAUGAAAAAGUAAGUAAUGUUCUUCAUACUAAUUAUCCCUUAUAUCCGCAAAGUGAUUACCAAAUUAUGAGGAUAAUAGAGCAAGCGGGAAGAAUAUUAAAACCCUCCUCUUUUUGUUUAUUAUGGAUAAAUAAAGAAUACUUUGGGACUGGGGACCUGACUCAGGAGUAA